AUGAACAAUUCUCACGAGAUGGCCGACGAGGCCGCCAACCCCAAGGGCAUCCAAGCUACUACCGAUGUCAACAUGACUGAGUGUCCUGUUACAUGGAAGGCCUACCUCCUCUGCGCCUUUGCCUCUUUCGGAGGUAUCUUCUUCGGUUAUGAUUCAGGUUACAUCAACGGUGUACUCAACUCGCCUCUUUUCAUCGAGGAGGUCGAGGGCAAUGUAUGCCCCAAUGGCCUUGCAAGCCCAGGGUGCGCCAUUAGCAGUAGCAACACCUCGCUCAUCGUAUCGAUCCUUUCCGCUGGUACCUUCUUUGGUGCCCUCAUCGCUGGUGAUCUCUCAGACAUGAUUGGUCGCAAGUGGACGAUCGUUUUGGGCUGCCUCAUCUACAUCAUCGGUGUUGUCAUGCAAAUGGCUGCCAGUGGUCGUGACCUCCUUGUUGCUGGUCGUGCCGUCGCUGGUGUCGGUGUCGGUUUCGAGUCUGCUAUCGUCAUUCUCUACAUGUCCGAGAUUUGCCCCAAGAAGGUUCGUGGUGCGCUCGUCUCCGGAUACCAGUUCUGCAUUACCAUUGGUCUCCUGCUCGCUGCCUGCGUCAACUACGGCGUACAGGACCGUGGUGACUCUGGCGAGUACCGCAUUCCCAUCGGUCUCCAAUUCGCCUGGGGUCUUAUCUUGGGUGGUGGUAUCGCCUGCCUUCCCGACUCCCCUCGUUACUUCGUCAAGCGCGGCAGGCCCGAUGAGGCCAAGAAGGCUCUGAUGAAGAUCCGUGGUGUACACCCCACCAGCCCCGAUGCUGCCCAUCUCAGGUCCCUGGUUGAGUUUGAGCUUGCUGAGAUCAUCGCCAACGAGGAGUACGAGCGCGAACUUAUCCCUGCUGGUGGCUGGAUUUCUGGCUGGGCCAACUGCUUCAAGGGCUCUCUCUUCCAGUCCAACUCCAACCUUCGCAAGACUAUCCUCGGUACCUCCCUCCAGAUGAUGCAACAGUGGACUGGUGUCAACUUCAUCUUUUACUACUCCACACCUUUCUUGCAAUCGACUGGCGCCAUCAGCAACACCUUCUUGAUCUCGCUCGUUUUCACCCUGGUCAACGUCUGCUCCACUCCUCUUUCCUUCUACGGAAUGGAGAAGUUCGGUCGUCGCACGCUCCUCCUGUUCGGUGCCCUCGGCAUGUUGAUCUGCCAGUUCUUGGUUGCCAUUAUCGGUGUUACUCAAGGUUUCAACAACGCCACCACCCUCGCCGAUGGAACCACCCGCGCCAACAACAUUUCCGCUGUCAACGCUCAGAUCGCUUUCAUCGCCAUCUUCAUCUUCUUCUUCGCCACUACCUGGGGUCCUGGUGCCUGGGUCCUCAUCGGUGAGGUCUUCCCUCUGCCCAUCCGUUCGCGUGGUGUUGCUCUCUCCACUGCCUCCAACUGGCUCUGGAACACCAUCAUCGCCGUCAUCACCCCUUACAUGGUUGGUACUGAUGAGGGUAACCUGAGGUCUUCCGUCUUCUUCAUCUGGGGAGGUCUCUGCACCAUCGCCUUCGUCUACACCUACUUCUUGGUCCCAGAGACCAAGGGUCUGUCUCUUGAGCAGGUCGACCAGAUGAUGGCCGAGACCACCCCCCGUACCUCUGCCAAGUGGCGCCCAACCCACACCUUCGUGGAGAGCUCCCUCCAGAAGGGUGGCACUGCCAUGGUCGAGAGGAACGGUUCUAUUGUCAUCGACACCGAGAAGAACAACCGCACUGCCUCCGUCCACUAG